AAUAUAUGUGCAUUCAGAAGUGGAUUUUUGUCACAGCCUUCUUUGCUCAACCACCAUUCUCAACUUGCACAAAGUUUCUCAUUUUAACUUUACUAAUUUCCAUCAUGAAGCUUCAAGUUAUCCUCGUCGUCGUGUUUGCUUUAGUUUCAUACUCAAACGCUCAUAAAUGUUAUCAAUGCUUGUACUACGAAAAUACGACUCUUACACAGCCUGAAUGUGAUGCUGAGCAAGUUCCCGAAACGCUCCUGAUCGAUUGCGCUUUGGACGGAUAUGAUGGAGACGAAUGGCAAUGCGUGAAGAAGACGGGGGCGACCAUUAAUGAGGAUGAUAAAGAAGCGAAAUUCGUGAGUCGUUUCUGUUCUGCAGGAAAAACAUUUGCCAGCGAGUGUAAAACGAGUGACGCACUUGGGUCAGAUUUUGGCACGGUCGAAGGUGGGCUUCUGUGCUAUUGCAACGAAGACGGGUGCAACGCAGCGCCACAUCUCCACCAGAUCGGAACAUUAGUCCUCGCCGCGUCUCUAAUUGCCAUAACUCUCGCUUAUUUUAACUGAAAGUGGCAUAGCUUUGCAAUUUGCACAAGCAAUAAUACUUUUAUUUUUAAAUGAUGGGAAUAAUGCAGAAGGAUUAUUUUAUUGGGAGCAUUUGAGUUUUGUAAAAAAUAAUAAAGUGUUAACUUAAUGCGUG